CUAGCAACUUUCAUCCUUUGGAACUUGUGCUGCAAAAGAAAAGUCAGCAAAUACUACUGAAAGUGCAAUAUUUGAUUAUCACUGCGAGAUGAGCUUUGAUCCAAACCUUCUCCACAACAAUGGACACAAUGGGUACCCCAAUGGUAUUUCAGCAGCACUGCAUGAAACUGGGGUUAGAAAACUGUUGACCUCUUAUAGAUUUAUUCAGUGUUCCAAACGGCAAGCUAGACUUUUCUUCUACUGUUCACAAUACAAUGGCAACCUCCAGGACUUAAAAGUAGGAGAUGAUGUUGAAUUUGAAGUAUCAUCUGACCGACGGACUGGGAAACCUAUUGCUAUUAAGUUGGUGAAGACAAAACCAGAAAUACAUCCUGAGGAACGAAUGAAUGGACAAGAAGUGUUUUAUCUGACUUACACCUCUGAAGACGUGGAAGGGAACAUUCAGCAGGAAACUGGAGAUAAAAUUAACUUUGCAAUUGAUAACAAUAAACAUACGGGUGCUGUAAGUACUCGUAACAUUAUGCUUUUGAAAAAGAAACAAGCUUGCUAUCAAGGAGUAGUUUGUGCCAUGAAGGAGGUGUUUGGCUUUAUUGAAAGAGGUGAUGUUGUAAAAGAGAUAUUCUUUCACUAUAGUGAAUUUAAGGGUAACCUAGAAACCUUACAGCCUGGAGAUGAUGUGGAAUUCACAAUCAAGGACCGAAAUGGUAAAGAAGUUGCAACAGAUGUCAGACUAUUGCCUCAAGGAACAGUCAUUUUUGAAGAUAUUAGCAUUGAACAUUUUGAAGGAACUGUAACCAAAGUUAUCCCAAAAGUACCUAGUAAUAACCAGAAUGACCCAUUGCCUGGAUGAAUCAAAGUUGACUUUGUGAUUCAAGAACUUCCCUUUGGAGACAAAGACACAAAAUCCAAAGUGACCCUGCUGGAAGGUGACCAUGUUAGGUUUAAUAUUUCAACAGACCGACGUGACAAAUUAGAACAAGCAGCAAACACAGAGGUCCUAUCAAAUACAUUUCAGUUCACUAAUGAAGCCAGAGAGAUGGGUGUGAUUGCUGCCAUGAGAGAUGGUUUUGGUUUCAUCAAGUGUGUGGAUCGUGUUGCUUGUAUGUUCUUCCACUUCAGUGAAAUUCUAGAUGGGAACCAGCUCCACAUUGCAGAUGAAGUAGAGUUUACUGUGGUUCCUAAUAUGCUCUCUGCCCAAAGAAAUCAUGCUAUUAGGAUUAAAAAACUUCUCAAGGGCACAGUUUCAUUCCAUUCCCAUUCAGAUCAUCAUUUUCUGGGCACUGUAGAAAAAGAAGCCACUUUUUCCAAUCCUAAAACCACAAGCCCACAUAAAGGCAACGACAAGGAGGCAGAAGAUGGCAUUAUUGCCUAUGAUGACUGUGGGGUGAAACUGACUAUUGCUUUUCAAGCCAAGGAGGUGGAAGGAUCUAUUUCUCCUCAAAUAGGAGAUAAGGUUGAAUUUAGUAUUAGUGACAAACAGAGGCCUGGACAGCAGAUUGCAACUUGUGUGAGACUUUUAGGUUGUAAUUCUAACUCUAAAUGGCUCUUGGGUUAUGUGGCACCUCUGAAAGAUAAUUUUGGAUUUAUUGAAACAGCUAAUCAUGAUAAGGAAAUAUUUUUCCAUUAUAGUGAGUUCUCUGGUGACGUUGAUAGCCUAGAGCUGGGAGGUAUGGUUGAAUACAGCUUGUCCGAAGGCAAAGGCAAUAAAGUCAGUGCUGAGAAAGUAAACAAAACUCCCUCAGUGAAUGAUAGGCUGAAGGAACAGAAGACUCUUAUGGAGCUAGAGCUUCUGCGAACAGGCAUUCAGAGGCCUGAAAUAGACAGCCAGGCACAUGUCAGACAAGGUCUGAUGUGGGCUCUGAAGUCAGACAUUUUUAUUAACCAAACUCCUGGGAGACUGAGAAUACCUCAACCUCUGAGGUUGGCAACAACAAUUUGUGAAGACUUGUGGGGACUCCUGAUUAAACAGACAAGGAAUGAUGAGCACUUGGAAUGGGAAAUUGCUUAUCAGAAGCAAGCAGAAGAGCAGGCACAGGAGACAGAGGCUUGUCUAAAUAGCCUGACACAGACCCUGGCAAGCAAACUACACCUGGGAACAGAACAGCAGCUCUUCACAUGGUGGAGGCCCCGAUGUCAGCGACUGUAG